ACAUACAAUCUGCUAAUGAGGGUUUGGAUCUAAGAGAACAGUUUAUGAACCUACCAAAAAUGUGAUCUCUAGAAUGGAGGAGAAUUUUUAAGAAGAUCCUGUGGUAAGAAUAAUUAAAAAGAGGAACAAUGAAAGAAAUACCGGAGAUACUUUUCCACCACUUUCCAGGUGGCAAUCACUUUAGUGCUGAAAACAUUUCGGUGGGAUUUAUUGCUGCAGAAAACGGAUAUACAUACGCUUUAAAGCAACUGCUAAAUCACGGAGCGGAUAUACACUUUCGCAUGCCAAUGUUUACUAAUAUUUUAACGAUGAAUGACGCUGUGGAGAUAGCAACUAAUUUUAAGCACUGGAAUUAUGGGUUGCUAGACAUAGCUGCACAACAUGGACAUACGGAGACAGUCAAACUAAUUUUACACGAUGACUUAUUCUCAUCAUAUAGGUUGCAUGAACGGAACGGAUUGAACCUCUCAACAUGGCAUCUUGCUUGUAUGUUUAAUCGUAUCGAAGCGGUUAAAGUGUUUUUACAGUUCAACCGUUCUACUGUGGAUUGGAAAUACCUGUACAUUGCAGCUGAAAAGGGCAAUAACGAACCCGUACAACUCCUCUUAGAAGCAGGAAUUUAUGACAAAUGUGUGUUAUGCACAAAUGAAUUUUACUGGAUUCCGGACGGCACAGCUAGAGUACAAGGACACAUGAUCCCUGAAAAUACUUCGAUGUACGUUCUUUUCGAUGACUGGAGCGAAUUGUCAUGUGAAUCUGCAUUGCAUGCGGCUAUUCGACAUAAUCACCUGAAGGUCGCUAGAGAGUUGUUGAAAAACAGUAAGCAUUCAUCGCUUCAUUGUCUGGAUCGAGGAGGUCGCCCUGCUUUAAUUGCUGCACUUCAAAGUAAUCGUACUGAAAUGGUUGGACCUUUCCUUGAAGUGAGCAACGCUCACACAAUAAAAGUUCAAUGCCAGAAAAUGCCGUUGUUAAAAGACAAUAUACAAAUACACCACUUAGAGUUGUUAAAAUUGAACAAUAUGAAAUGCAAAUCCGGACACGGUAUUGAGCAUGCCAUUUCGCCGACGUCUGUGGUAUUACAGCAUAUAAUUGAUCAUACACAUUUUGACUUUAAUCGAAGAGACGAAGACGAAUGUUUACCCAUCCAUUAUGCAGCCUGUGGAAACAACGUUGAAUAUCUUCACUUUUUAAUGCAAUGGCAUGAGAUGCUGUUUGAAAAACAUAUUUGCUUAAAUAACACAAACGAUUCAUUGUGAAGCAUUCGAUACCUUCAUUUAUUU